AUGUCGACCUUUAAUGGGGUCCUUGCAGAGUUCCCGGACAUUCAGAUCGACUACUUUCGGAAGAGCGAUGAUCGGCCUCCGCCUUUGGCAUGCUUCCUCACCCAUGUACAUACCGAUCAUCUCCAGGGCCUCGAGUCCUUCCGGGCGCCGUUCAUCUACUGUUCCCCGACCACGCGCGAGUUACUGCUGCGGCUUGAGAAAUUCCCCCAUCGCAUGAAUAUCGCGCGAGGGAUUCUGGAAGCACAAGAGGUGACCUACAAACAUCUCAACAAGCUGCUGCGCCCAAUUCCAUUGAACACGCCGACGGAGAUUGAACUUACCCCGAUUAAAAAGAUUCGCGUGACCCUUAUCGAUGCCAACCAUUGCCCGGGAAGUGUCAUGUUCCUGAUCGAGGGCGAUAAUAAGACAAUUCUCUACACUGGCGACAUCCGAGCGGAAAAAUGGUGGGUCGACAGUCUGAUACGGAAUCCCUUCCUGAUCCCAUACACUCUGGGUGGCAAGCGGCUCGAUAACUUGUAUCUUGACACUACGUACCUGUAUCAUGCUGGUGUACCCCCCGAGACCUUCUGCUCCAAGGCCGAGGGCAUUGCAGAGCUCCUGAAACGGGUCCAAAGCUUUCCGCCAGAUACGGUCUUCCACCUCGGAGCCUGGACAUUCGGCUACGAGGAAGUCUGGCUAACCCUUGCCGCCGCACUGCGAACAAAGGUUCAUCCCGAUGCAUAUCAGCUGGCACUCUAUCAGUCUCUUGGUCAGGCCAACAGAGGGGUCGACGAGUCUGCGGCCUACAAUGGCUUCAGGCUGGGCAACGACAUUGUCCCAGGCUGCCUCACUAACGAUAUCUGCGGCGCUCGGAUUCACCUAUGUGCCCCUCCAUGUAUUAUUGCCUGUCAGCCCAAGACAGUCUACCUCAGGCCAUUCCUGGGUCGUGGGAAUGACGGGUUCGAAAUGUGUGAUAUGGGCGCUGGAGGUGGCUCGGGUGAUGUUUACCAGCGACAUGAACUUGAUUUCAUAGCAGGGAUGAACGCAUUGCAUCUAGUGAAAUAUUGCCUCAAGCGCAUGAAUUCCCACAGCCAGCAGCAAAAACUCACUUUCGAAUGGCGGAUGCUCCGUGACCUGCAGAACAACGGGGGCAAACUCUCGAUCAGCAAGUAUGGCAUCCUUUUGGAUAGCGAUAUGCGUUUCGAUCACUUCGCGGACCUUCUUGUGGCCAAUGUCCUCAAGUACGAUCAGAAUAUGGCCGUAGAAAACAGAGCAAAUGUGACGGGCAACCCUCGUCGAACGGUCAUCCGCUUCCCCUACGCACGGCAUUCUUCGUACUCUGAGCUGUGUCAUUUCAUUAGCGUCUUCAAGCCCAAGGACAUUCAUGCCUGCGUGGUAGAUAACCGCGACGUUUCGGGGGGAAGGGAGCUUGUGGACGAGUUCUUUGAUCACUUGCUUACUGACCAACCCGGUUACUCUCGGCGCCUUCAGCAGCAGAAGAAACAAGUUCAGGAGGCAGAACAGGCUUGGGCAGCUGAAGUAGAGGUCAGGGAAGAACGCCAGGAGGCGGGCUACCCAGAACCUGCUUUCCUCGAGGAACGCAAUGAGGACCCUGCCUCUUACGAAUCGUUGUCUGGGAUGUCAUAUGAACUCCUUCGGGAGCUCAAUGAAAAAUGGCUACUUUUUGCAGACGUCGAGCACGACUUUUCGUCGAUCGCAGCCGAGCAGGAGACACGGAUGACUAGCAAGCUGCUUGGACUUGUGGAUCUGCCCACUCCUGGCGCGGUCAAAGAAAAGCGCGACGAAAUUAGACGCGCUCAGGAGUACCUCCAGGACCAGACUGACCCGGCGGAAAUGCAAGUCGGACCUCUUCCUCCCACCUGGUCUGGAGGCCUAGACGGUCCAGCCGACUCCAGGAAUCCAAAGCCCAAGACUGCGCAGCGAACGUCCCCAAAGCCAAAGCACGCAAAGACGGAGGCUACUAAGGAAGUCAAAGAUAGUCCUCCAGCCAGGGCACCCCGAGGCCAUUGGACAAGAGUGAUGGUCCAUCGCAACGAAGCUGGGGUUGCGCAAAUCCAGGCAGCUUCCUCGUCGAAUGUUCAAUCUCCACCUGCCCAGCAAAGCCAGAUUUCAGUCCCCGAGUCCGACCUGGCCCCCUCUGUGGGAUCUGCAAGCUCUACCAGUCUGACCCGCGAGCGACUGGAAGAGCUUAACAAUAUGCAUCGGCUGGAUGGGUCUGCCUCGGUGCAACUAGAAGCUCGAAUCGAGGCGUAUCUUGCCGCCUUUGAGGACAAGUUCUCGGCCUGGACUGGGAUGCUCACCUCAGCGGGUGAUAAUCACGGCGAGGAAGAGAUGGAACUGUGA